UAACAAUUGUGGCCGCGGCAUUGAUCUGUACAUGGGCAAUUCAGUUUACACGUUGUUCGCUUCAGAUACAAAAGGCCUGUCUACCUGCCCAUUCGUUUCUGUACUCUCCCGUUUGAUUUCUAACUACCAGGCUUGGUCCUGAUUACAAUCAUUGACUGAUUUUCUACGAACAACUCCCGCUCUCCUUUACUCGCUGUCGACGUCCAUCUUUUACUUUUGAUCAUCAUGAAAUUCACUCUUCCGAUAGCUAUUUCGUUGCUGGCGCUGCCGUUUGCAGCUGCCGCCCCAACUUGUUCUCUCAAAUCAUCAGCUUCAGUCAGUGCCACUACACCCACCUCGACUGCUACCCCCACGGGGUCUACUUCUACGCCUGCCAACCCUGGUAAUGGCUCUGUCGCAAUGGCUUGGUUUGCUAACUGGCAUACCGACUACACGGUCGCCAACAUUGCUUGGACAGGCUUCAACAGGAUGGCUUACUUCGGAGGUAUCACCUCUGCUGAUGGUACUGCUAUCAUCACCGUCAGUGACAGCAGCCCUAGCGGCCCCACCACCUUCGUUGCUGCCGCAAAGCAAAAUAACGUUUUCCCUGUGUUGACUAUCGGUGGUUGGGAUGGAUCAAUAUACUUCUCAUCGUCUAUCUCCACCUCAAGCAACCGUACGACUUUCGUCAACUCCGUCGUCAGCUUGGUAAACAAGUACGGCUUCCAAGGUGUCGAGUUUGACUGGGAAUACCCGGGAAGCACAAACGGUCUUUCUUGCAAUACAGAAUCACCUCAGGAUACCGCCAAUCUCCUGACCAUGCUCCAAGAACUCAAGCAGCAGAUGCCGAAUGUGUCGCUCUCUGCUGCUACUCCCGUCAGGCCAUGGAAUGAUGCUACCGGGGUCCCUUCGACUGACCUGACCAGCUUUGCCCAGGUUUUGGAUUACAUUGAGAUUAUGAACUACGACGUUUACGGCGACACUUUCAGCAAGGUUGUGGGCCCCAACGCUCCUUUAGAUGACUCCUGUGCUCCAGCUUCUGAGCAAACUGGCUCUGCCACUUCCGCUGUCAAGCUCUGGACUGCGGCAGGGUUCUCUGCCAAGCAGAUCCUCCUUGGUGUGCCCAGCUACGGACACGGCUACUCCAUCAGCUCUUCUGUAGCUAUCCAGAGCAACGCGUUGGUCUCAUUCCCCAGCUUUAAUACCAACAACUUCGUCCUUGGUGACAGCUGGGAUGCUGCCGGUCCUGACGCUUGCGGUAUCAACCAACCUGCUUCUGGUGACUUCAACUUCUGGGGCCUCAUUGCUGGCGGUUUCUUGAACCAGGACGGCAGCGUCGCCUCCGGGAUGACUGGCCGCUUCGAUAACUGCAGCCAGACACCAUAUGUCUACAACCCCAACACGCAAGUCAUGGUCGCUUACGAUAACGCUCAAUCCUUCACCGCAAAGGGCAACUUCAUCAAACAGGCUGGUCUGGGUGGUUUCGCCCUGUGGGAGAUGGGUGGCGACUACAACAACAUUCUUUUGAACGCUAUCAACGGCGCUAUCACUGGCUCGUCAUGAUCAUGAUCCUCACUUCGCGAUGAUUGAUUCAUCUGCAUCUCACGCUCACGUCACAUACUUAUCGCACACCAUAUAUUGUACAGCACUGCGCGGUCGAUCCGCUCUGGUUUAGAGUUCUUUUGAUUGCCCGCUGGAAUCGGGGUCAUCUGGAAUCGCAUGUUACGGGCUUAUGUUCGCAUUUGUAUCACUUGCUCGGCAUGCAUAAUUUGUUGUACUUGGUGUAUCUUAAUUACUCAUCUGCUAUGGAACAACUAUGGAAGUCAAUGUUAUCACUGAA